AUUAUUUUACAGCCGAUCCCAGACAUAAUGAUUCGUCAAGGAAGUAUUGAUGAUAUAAAUACUCAACAAUUUUUAAAGAUUUCUAAUUAUGAAGACACAGUUCGUCAGCUGGAUAUAUACUAUGCCAUAGUAAAAAGGCAGUUAUUAAGAUUUCAAAGUCCUAUAACAGGAUUAUUUCCAGUUUUAUCAUCAGACCUCCACAUAGGCAGUGUGAGAGAUAGUAUAUACUGUGCAUCUGCCGUGUGGGGACUAUAUCAAGCAUACAGACGCAUUGAUGAUGACCGGGGUAAAUCUUAUGAACUGGGUCAGAGCACUGUGAAGUGUAUGCGUGGUAUCUUAGAGUGCUGGGUGAAGCAGUCGGCGCGAGUGGAAGCAUUUAAAACACGACAGAGCGCCGCCCAUGCGCUACACGUCAAGUUCCACCUCACCACAGGGGAGCCAGUGCUCACAGAUGAACAAUAUCAUCAUCUACAAAUAGAUGUUGUCUCUUUAUAUUUACUGUUCCUUGUACAAAUGAUCACAUCUGGACUACAAAUUAUUUACACCCAAGAUGAAGUGGCAUUUGUUCAAAAUUUAGUAUACUAUGUAGAAAGGGCAUACAGAACGCCAGAUUAUGGUAUGUGGGAAAGAGGAUCUAAAUAUAAUGAUGGAAAGCCAGAAAUUCAUGCCUCUUCAAUUGGUAUGGCAAAGGCAGCACUAGAAGCCAUCAAUGGAUGCAAUCUUUUUGGGGAUAAGGGAGCAUCAUGGAGUGUAGUUUAUGUAGAUAUUGAUGCCCAUAAUCGCAACCGAAGUAUUUUUGAAACUAUGCUACCACGCGAGUCAAGUUCCAAGGGGGUCGACGCCGCGUUAUUGCCAACAGUAUCGUUCCCGGCUUUCGCAACACACGAAGAACACUUAGUUCAGUUGACGAAAAACAAUAUCUUGCGACGUUUGCAAGGGAAGUGUGGAUUCAAGAGGUUUAGUCGUGAUGGGUAUAAGUGUGUGCUAGAAGAUCCCAAUAGGCGGUACUACCAUGAAGGGGAACUCAAAGAGUUUGAUGGAAUCGAGUCGGAGUGGCCCUUGUUCUACGUAAUGAUGAUCAUUGAUGGCGUGUUCCGCACCCUGCCUGAUCAAGUCGAGGAGUACCAGAAACUAUUGAAAGCUAGGAUUUAUAUGGAUGAAUUUGGAGACCCAGUAAUUCCUUGGUACUAUUAUGUACCUCGAGAAGGCAUUGAAAAUGAACGGAGUGAACCCAAUUCAGUUCGGCGAUUGCCUGCAAACACAGGUGGACUGUUCCUGUGGGCGCAGUCAUUGUUCGUCUUGGCUCAGUUGUUGACUGGCGGACUGUUGCAUGUGAACGAGUUGGAUCCCAUCAGGAGAUACCUUCCUUCGUACAAUAGGCCGCGACGUGCCGGCCGGUACUCUGCCUUUCAGGCCAAGCCCGCGUUUGGUAUAGCAACUGAUCUAGUUGUCCAAGUGGUGUUGAUAGCAGAGUCUAUGCGUCUCCAAGCCAUGAUGGGGACUUACGGUAUACAAACACAGACGCCACACGAAGUCGAACCCGUUCAGGUUUGCAGUUCGACGCAGCUGGUCCACGUGUACAGAGAACUCGGAAUAUGCCCUAAACUGAAGCUCUCUGGACGUCCAAUAAGGCCCGUGGGCUCCCUCGGUACCAGUAAGAUAUACAGGGUGUGCGGUAUGACGGUGUUAUGCUACCCGCUUAUAUUUGAAGUGUCCGAGUUCUACCUCUACAGAGACAUGGCCUUGCUCAUUGACGACAUCAAGACUGAAUUACAAUUUGUUGGCAAGUACUGGCGCCUGUCGGGUCGUCCGACAGUGUGUCUGUUGGUGCGCGAGGAACACAUGCGCGACCCUCACUUCAAGCACAUGCUCGACCUCUUCGCGAUGCUCAAGAAGGGACACUGCGACGGCGUCAAAGUACGACUUGGAAGGCUGCAGAACCUGAUCUCCAGCUCUUGUAUGGAACAUCUGGACUUCAUGAGCCAGGGCGAGUUUCCUUCCGAGAUGUUCACUCAGUUCCGUCAGUUAGAACACGAGUACAUUGGCUACCAGUCUCUGACGGACGUCCCCCGCACCCUCACGUACCGCGAGGAGAAUCUCUCGUACGACUCAUACAAACAUCGCUCCACACCCGACGUGGUAUCUGCGCUGAGGUCCAUCGAUAAUAUCUUUGCUCAGUGCCAGCUCUGGGGGAUACUUAUAGAAAGAGAGGGUCCUAUGUUUGAGGUAAACGGUACGAACGCGCUGGAGUCUCUGAAGAGUCUGUACCACAGCGCGGGCGUGCUGCGACACUGGCGCGCCGUCAGGUACUGCUCGUCUCUACUCAACCAUACUGUCGACUCCAUCAGCCCCUUCAUCACCACGGUGCUCGUCAAUGGAAAGCAGCUGACUGUGGGAGUGAUUGGUCAGAAGGAGACGGUAUUUGACAAGCCCAUGACUCCCGGUGAAAUACAGUCGGUGAUGUACUCCACUAUACAACCGUACGACGUCAUCGGCGCAGUAUUACAACAGGAAAUCGUAUUAUAUUGCGGACGGCUGAUAGGAACGAACCCGGACAUGUUCCGUGGUAUCCUAAAGAUCCGCGUGGGCUGGGUGUUGGAAGCCAUCCGUAUAUACUUGCAGCUGUUCCCCAACGAGAAGCGCGCAGACGGCACGCUGGAGAGCCUCUCGCCUUACAAGCUUCGCACGCUACUACAACAAGUUCUCACUGUUUCCGACUGGGCAGAGGAGAGAGGUUUGACUCCACUACAAAGACGACAGCUGGAAGGAUGCUUGUGUCGUGUGCCAAAACAUUUCUACAUACAAGUUUGGGAUAUAUUGCUGCGGACACCGAAAGGCAUUAUUAUUCAGGGCCACUCGAUCCCCGCGGAGCCGACGCUGGUGAACAUGUCCCGGUCGGAGCUGUCGUUCGCGCUGUUGGUGGAGGAGGCGCUGGUGCGCGUGGCGGCGCCGGCGCGGCGCCAGCUGUGCGUGGAGCUGCUGUGCGUGCUGGCCACCAUCCUGCGCCGCAACCCCGAGCUGUACCUGCAGCAGCCGCUGCACAUCGACCGCCUCGUCGACGACGCACAGCUCACCUUCGCCAAGGAUAGCGGAGUGACGGACAGUAACGCGCUGAGCAGCGCGGCGCCGGGCGUGUCGGUGGGCUACCUGGCGCGCGCCGUCGUCAACAGCGUGCUGCAGGGCGCCGCCGCCGCGCACCUCCUGCCUCGUGUCCUGACGCACUCGCCCCUACACCUCACUGCCAACACUCCCACAAACAUUCAUUUCUCAAGGUUGACUUGUGUAUUCACACUUCAUCUUUUAAUGUAG